CAAUUCUGCUGUUGGACCCUGGCAUCCGAGUUGUGUAGUACUGACAAGUAUAUCGGUCUCUGGGAAUCUUUUUUUUGCCAAUAUUGUGGAUAUAUGAGAAGAGCAAGUUGUCUUUGGGAUUAUAUUCACUUGGUUUUCUUCUUUUUAAAUUCCGUAUUGGCAGAGCGGCCUGUAGACAGAUGGUGGCUAACGUUAUUUCAAAGAACUUACUAAAACCAAGCAGCCAUCCUAGCUCUAGCUAGCUAGUUGCUGUUAGAUGUAUCAGAGGCUAAUCAUCCGCUGGGAUAGCUAGCUACCACAGCAAGGCCUGGCACCGCUGAAUGGCUCGUAUGCACAAUGGAUGUAAGAGGUUGUCUCUGCUGAUUAUAAUCCCAAGAGGAAGUAACACGUCAAGGACUGGUAGAUGCCAUUCACCGUUUUUGGAUCGUGAGGCAUUGUGAAACCCCUCACAGGUGCAGCCUCCUGACCAACCAUCACUUUUUUGUGACCCGGGAUGUCCUGGUGAUAUUCACUACCUUCACUUCAGUGUUUCAUCUGUAUGCACAAGUUGCUGAGCAGACGCACUCCACAAAACACACAGGAAGUUAUGCCAGGUGGCAGCAGUAAGAGCGGAGGGCGGGGUCCAUCCUCGUCACCCCUUCCCCACACUGUGGUUCCGCCCAGCAGACCUCUGCGACCCUCCCGCUAUGUCCCCGUGUCAGCAGCCACCUUCUUCCUUGUUGGCUCCACCACACUGUUCUUCUGCUUUACGUGUCCAUGGCUUUCAGAGCAUUUCUCACUAGCUGUGCCCAUCUACAAUGGAGUUAUCUUCCUGUUUGUUUUGGCUAACUUCUGUAUGGCCACAUUCAUGGACCCUGGCAUCUUCCCAAGAGCUGAGGAGGACGAAGACAAGGAGGACGACUUCCGGGCUCCCCUCUACAAGACAGUGGAGAUCAGAGGGAUCCAGGUCAGAAUGAAGUGGUGCUCAACCUGCCGUUUCUACAGGCCGCCACGGUGUUCCCACUGCUCCGUCUGUGACAACUGUGUCGAGGACUUUGACCACCAUUGUCCGUGGGUGAACAACUGCAUUGGCAGGAGGAACUACCGCUACUUCUUCCUCUUCCUGUUGUCUCUGACGGCUCACAUCAUGGCCAUCUUUGGCUUCGGCCUGCUCUUCAUCCUGUACCAUCGGCAGAACAUUGACCGCCUGCACGCUAUUGUCACGCUGGCUGUAAUGUGUGUUGCAGGCCUGUUCUUCAUCCCUGUUGCUGGCCUCACUGGUUUCCACAUAGUGCUUGUGGCCAGAGGCAGGACUACCAAUGAGCAGGUAACAGGAAAGUUCAGAGGAGGUGUUAACCCUUUCACCAAUGGCUGUUGGAGGAAUGUCUCUCAUGUUCUAUGCAGCUCACAGGCACCAAGGUAUCUGGGCAGGAAGAAGUGUGUGCAGAGUGUGUGCGUGCAGCCUCCUUUUUUGCGGCCACAGCUAACAGAGGCCCAGUUAGCUGCAAAGAUCCUGGACAAUGGCAUACAGGGAGACCUACACCGGUCCAAGUCCAGUCUGGAGAUGAUGGAGAGCCAGUCAUGUGACGCUGAGCCUCCUCCUCCUCCUAAACCAGAGCUGCGUUACCCUGGAAUCAGCAGAGGAAACACAGAAGAGUGCAGUCUGCUGAACAACGCUCCACCCACCCCCACCAUGUACAAAUACAGGCCCACCUACAGCCCGGGCAAGAACCAUACAGCGCUCACACAUGCAUAUGCCAAUCAGUUAAGUCGAGGAGAGAGUGUCGGCAGUGCCAGGGACUCCUCCUCUUCCACCUCCUCCCUCCUCCAGGCCAGCCAGCAGCCUGGUUUUCGCUCCCAGCCCAGCCUGGACCGGAGAGACACUUCAUCUGACCGAGCGAGAGGGGGUGGAAGUGGGGAGAGGAGGGAGGGAGGAAGAGAGGUUGUAGCAGGGGGCAUCCCUGGCUACUCCCUCGGUGGGCGAUCAUACCCCUCCUUCUCCGACUCCACUGUAUUAUCAGGAGUGGCAUCUCGAUCUUCCAGCUCGACGCACACCUCCACAGGCGCCAUCCAUGUCUCUGAGGCAACCACCUCAGCCAGCUUCAAGAGCUUAGCCAGUCAGACACCCCCACCUCACCAGACAUCUCGCAACGGCAGCCUGUCAUAUGAACUGGCAGGCAGUGAUGAUUAUGAGAAGGGGGUGGCGACAGGGUCAGCAGUCCCUGAGGUUUCCUCUGGGAGACCCUGCACACCAGCAACAGGCGGCUACGGCUCCCCUUUCUUGUCGUCACAGCAGAGAGAUGCUGAGAUUCAGUCCCAGUCACCCCAUCACCACCACCGCUCCUCCCACCACCACCACCAUCCUUUUCUCCAUCGCUCGUCCUCUUCCACAUCCUCCUCCCCACCACCUCCUCCAGAGAGAGAGCGCCUGCUGGGCGAGCCCCACCUCAGCCCCCACCCCCCACCUGCCAAUCAGGCCUCUGCUCCUCCCUCCUCCUCAGCUCCACCUCCCUCACACCAUCACCACCAUCACCACCACCACCACCACUCCCAUCAUCACCACCACCAUUCGUCCUCUUCUUCUAUAUCCCGCCCUCCCCGUUUCCCUGCCCCGCAUGCACCACUCCACCACGCCUACCCCUACCGCACCCGCUCCACUGACACUCCCCUGGGCCCAUCGUCCACUUCCACCUCUCACCCACCCAACUCCCCCCAUCCCCCACCCUUGGGCAAGUCACUGUCGUACUCAAGUGCUGCUGCUGCUGAAAUGCAGUACCGGCUGGUUCGUAAGGCCUCAGCGUCAGCCGGGGCCAAUGCAGCGGGGGUAGGAGGAGGAGGAGGAAGUGGAGGGAUGGGAGGAGGAGGAAUACAAGCACCGAAGGAUGAGCUGAUCCAGAUGAAACCUCAGAGUCGGAUUAAUGGUGGCCAAGCCCUCUCCUCCACCUCCUCCUCUUGUUCUGCCCCUUCCUCUCCCUCUCACCUGGUCAGCGUGUCUGCCCGACCCGGAGUGGCCUAUCCUAGCUCGACAUUGAUGCAGAGUCCCACCCACAAGACUCAGGGUGGUGGGGUGAAGAAGGUGACGGGUGUCGGAGGCACCACCUAUGAGAUUUCUGUGUGAGUGGCAGCCAGCCUGCAGCCCAAGGACAAGUGAGAGGAAGAGGAGAAACUUCCUGUCUUUGAGGGAGAGCUUUGAGUUUUUUCCAUAAUAGAAGGAAACACUGACACAUCUGAGGAUGAGUGGAACCAUUUAUUCCGGAUCUUACAGCUCACUGGCUGAUUAUCUGUGGGGCUAAACUGUACUGGAUCUUUGUGCCUCCAGACAUCCAUCUAUAAAUCCGCUGUUACAGUGACAGUAGGACCUGGACUGAUGGAAGCCAGGACUCAGUUGCACUGAGCUAACACAGAUGUUUUGGGUCUCACUGGCCAAAACAAGAACCACAACCUGGCUCGUUUUUGCAGGUUUUAUCUUCACUGUAGCUCAGAAGGUAGCCUGAGACACUUGUAUGGUCAGGUCUGGGUGUUGCAUUGUAUAAGCAGCGCCAGGCAUUACCACUGCCAGGUCCAGAGUCUGAUCCCCACCAGUAGGCUCAGGCUUGGGGUCGGAAUGCUGUGCUGUAGGUUUAUGAAGGCUCAUAUCAGCACUUUUGGACUUUGAUAAAAACUGGUGCAGAGAUUUAUUAUUCUAACAUUUCACCAUUAUUUACAUUUAGAACCUUACCGAAUAAAAAAACCCAUUGUGAUGAUAACAUAAGUCAUGCAUAGAGUGGAACCCAAUCAAAAUCAAAGUAGAAUCGAUUCAAAGUUAAGGGCUUCCCGUAGACCACCAGUUUCAUGCCAGUGAAAUGUGUGAUCAGUCAGACAUCACAACAUCUGGCCCCAGUUGUCAGUUAAAACCUAUUGGAUCAGCUGGACCACAAAUACACAAGUGGUGUUUGUGUCCCCAGGUGCUGUGUAACGCAUGGAGUCAGCAAUGCAGCCCUGUCAUACUCCGUAAUCUUCUGUCAGUCUCCUUGAGGCCGUCGUCUUGUGCACGUCCUGGAGGUGCACAACGCGAGGCAGGAGGUACCGAAUCGGGCAUCAAUCUGGUGUGGACCGUCGACCAGCGGCUGGAAGGAAUGUCACCCCUGAGCUCGUCGAUGGAUGUCGCUUUGUGAACUGACUUUUUGAUGGAGGGAAUGAAAUUGUGACAUUGAAAAAAAAAAGCUGAUUCCCUCUUUUCUUUAUUCAUUUGUUGAUUUAUUCCUAGAUGUUAAUAUGAUUCCAUGUUUGUACAGGAUGAUGUGCUUUUAAAUGUGGAUUUCUUUUUUAAAAACAACGUGGAGUUACAUACCAGACUGCAGCAUGCACUUCUAUUACUACUAGCCGCUGUGUUUGGCUGUGGACCAUGUCGUCUGUUUGAACAAACAGGAAGUUAUGAAACUAAAGCAAACAAGGAAGUCAUGUUUGGUAUUUAGUUGUUAAUGGGGUCCUUAAGAUAUGGCAGAUUUUUCUAGAAAAUGAAUUCCUUGAGCAACUGCCUUGAAAAUUCAAGUAUUUGUCAUUUUUUUAAAUUUUACCUAUUUAAUUUGAAAUUCUUUUAUAUGAAUUUAUAUGGAAAUAUAGCUAUUGAUAAAUGAAGAGUUUUUAAUAUUGGCUGGGGGGGGGUUGGGGGUCAGUUUUAGAAUCAUGGUCAAGGAUUAAAGCAGCCGUUCUGGUUCUGGAUGAUGCUCUGCAGUGGACUCAGGAAGAAUCUUGAUUAGCAAUGUCUUAUUUUUACAAGAUCACAGCAGGAAAAACAAAACAAAACCAGGACUGGACUUUAUCAGACCACACGCCUUAUUUACAAGAUGGUCAGACUGCAUCUUCAGUAACGGCUUCAGUUAGUCGUUAUCUGUAAAACUUAAUUCAACAUGCAAAUGAUCAGUUUUACAAUGGGGCCACUGUAUAAAAAAAAAAGUUUUCAAGAAUUAAGUUGUAAGUCAAACUUUCACAAUAAAGUAUUAUGAGAGAAAGGAUAAUAAGGUUAAUCACCCCCUAACUGGGGGCGACUGUGGUUCAGUGGGUAGACCAGGGGACUUGACCCUACUGGCUGUCUAGUACAAAAUCUGCGUAAUGUACAGCAGCGUAUAGUCCGGAGUAUGCACAUGGAGCUAGUGGGCGUGUUGAUGAUGUUGACGUUGUGACUGGCGCAAAACUGGACAGAUACAAACAUUGGGGGCGAAUGUCGUUCAGCGGGUGGAGCUGUUGUCUCCCAACCAGAGGGUCAGAGGUUCGAAUCUCAGUGCCUGC